UCGAGUAUUCGUACCACGUACCUGCUGCAUACGGUGGGCCGUAACGCCGGAGAUAUAUCGAUGGGGAUGGUGCAGGUGCAGGGAGUGGCGGCGGCAGGGAGGAUGCCUUCCAUGGAGGCCGAGCCCAAGACGCUCACCCUACAGCAGCUCAACUACGCAAGGGAGGCGGCUCUCUACGUGGUGAGCACCAAGACGACCGAGGAGGCCAUCAGAAUCUUUACCGACGGCCUCAAGCCGGUGAAGGGCGUGCGGAAGAUGGGCUCGUCCACCACCGACUCGUCGGACGACGACGUAGAGCUCGACUCCUCCGAGAACUCCACCCCGCGCGUCGGCGGCGGCACCGGCUGCCGCCGCCAUGGGCGCUCCAUCAAGAGAGACAUCGCCACCGCACCCUUCUAGCUAGUUAGCUGUUUCAGUAGUUCUGAACUUCUGCUUGCUCUGCCAUAUUUUCUGUCUUCUUGCCUGGGUUUUCAGCUUUAGCUUUAGCGCGGCAAAUUUUGAGGUGCGUCCUGGCCUAGAGAAGGCUACAAGAGACGUGAAGCUAGCGUGCGUGCUGCGUGUGGAGACGUGUGUGUACAUAUAAUCAGCAGAUAGCUCUGUACGUUAGAGCUUUGCCUCCCAAGUUAAUUUCCUUGUGUCGUUCA